AUGGCAAUCGCAGCAACACAACUGACGCCCACAGCGGCCGUGCAUGGAUUGAGCGCAACAGCAGGCGUGCAGUCGCUGGUGGUGACCUACGACUUUGCAAGCCAGCGGGUGACGAGCCACGCGAGUGCCCUCGGCAGCAGGGAAUUUAUGCUGCGCGGCGGCCACGGCAUCUACACAAGCAUGCGGACCGUACAUCAGCGCCGCGUGUUUCUCUUCGACGACCACCUGAAGCGCCUGGCCAAGUCUGCGCAGAACCUGCACCACUCGGGCCGCUGGGACUCUGGCUUCUGGCAGACGCUGCUGGUGCCCCUGGUGCGUCGCGGGCUGGACGAGUUCUGGGGCACCGGCGAGCGCAAAAUCACCGUGCUAAUUGACGAGACCCGGGUGGCCUUGCAGGUCGAGCAACUGCACGUACCGCAUGGCUCGUGCUCGGUGCAAUUCGCCAUGGGCAAGCGCAGCAACCCCGAGAUCAAGGCCCUCGACUGGGUGCACCAGCGUGCGCGCCUGGAGGCGCUGAUUGAGCCGCCGGUCAACGAGGUUGUGUUGGAGGACGGCUCGCGGUUCUACGAGGGGCUGUCGUCCAACUUCUUUGCCACCCGGCCGUGCAGUGAGUCAAGGUUCGGGCUGGAGCUGGUCUCGGCGCCUUUGGACAGUGUUCUGCUGGGCACAGUCAUGAAGAGCGUCCUGGAUGUAUGUAAGCAGGACGGCAUUAGUGUUGCUUAUGAGCCUGAUGUGGAAUUGGAGCGGUGGAGCGGCGCCUUUGUGACGUCGACGUCGCGCCUGGUCUUGCCAGUCUCGCGUAUUGUCAUGCCGGACGGCACCGCUGUGGAGCUGGUCGUGGACCCGCUGGUCGACCACCUGAGGAAUCGGAUUCUGGAGCUCGCUGUGUCGCGAUCCGUCGAGAUAUGA